AAGCGCGCCAUCUUGAGCAUGCAAGAAGAAUAGAAGUCCAAAUUUACAAAAACUCUGAAUUUGAACACCGUUUCGCACGAGUUUGUAGAAAUAUCGGCUGUUUGUGUGUUCCACAAGUGAUAUGCCAGUAGCUACAACUCGAAUGCCGGGGGACAGGACUGUAGUUUCACCAGAAAUCUUGGAAAAUGCGGGCAAAGAUAUCGAUGAGUAUUUGACUUCAGACAGAAGAUACCCAGAAUUAGCUGAUCAAAUUGGAGUGUUUUCACAUGGUAAGGUUAUAAUAUUAAAGUGAUUAGGUUAUAUGAAGUUAAUUAUAUACAUAAUGUAGUUGUGUUUGUAAAUUGUAAAGUGAAGUUUAUAAUAUACUUAAUACAGUCUAUUUUAUAUCAUACUGUAGUCUGUAGUUGAUGAGUUGAUCAUACAUGUUUAUUUCGCAAACCAUAUUUUUACAUAUUUUUACAAAUGUCCAAUCACAUGCAAGGUUCAGAUUCUGAACCUAAUCAAGUAUGGAAGUGAGAUUUGCAAUUACUAGAGGCUCUUCCAUCUUCUGUUUCUUUUUCUCACUGUUCUUUAAAAGUAUCUGGACCAGGGUGGAUUGUACUAUGAUCAAUGGCCAGGGUGGAAAGUUUGUUUUUUGUGCGCUGAAGAUUUGAUCCAGGUUCAGUAACAUGUGCCAGUGGCUGCACAAAUCCUGUUUUAAACAUAUUCAUAGUCAGUGCUCAAUCAAAUUCCCGUUAUUACAUGGCUGAAAUACAAACAGAAAUGGUUGAGAAUGUUGUAGUGUGCAUACCUAAAUAAAUUUUGUGUACACCAGUGCGCCACACCAGUUCAUUUUCCCAUAGUUCUGUGCCAAAAUGGAGCAAAUUUGUGAAUUUUCCACGUCGAACAUCUUCGGCGCAACCUACAAACUUUCCACCCUGGUCAAUGGUCAAACAGUCAACAAUUCUGGUUGGGUCUGACAAAUGUCUAUAAAGCAGCCCUAGUGUUUUCAAAUCUUCUGCAUGUCUGGUACCAUAAACUUGGUACAUAACUUUUGUUGCCUGUCAUGUCACUUUUUCUUGCAUGCUUUUUGAACAGUAUAUGGGUAAUUCCAAUGGUAGUGAUGACAUUUUUUUGAAAAAAAGUUGUCAAGAAUUUUCAGAAGCUAUUGGAAACAAUUCUGAACUGAAAUAUUAAGAUGUACUUUAUAUGUAACAUGAGUCACAUAACAUGAGUCACGGUUAUUAUGUAGCAAUCCUUACUAUUGUAAUCCAAAAUAUAAAAUUUCUUUGUGUUGGUAGUUUGCCCAAAAUAUAGUUUGUUACUUGAUAGACAUUGUAUGUUUCUCCUUCCUAUGGUCCCCGAAGAAAUUCAAAAGUAAUUAGGUUGGUGUUGCCUCAUGUCACUUUGUCGUAACAUGAGUCACACACCAAUUUACAGCCACCAAUCGUAUCAUGUUAUAAUCAAAUGUUUAAUUUUUACUGUGAAUCAGUAGCUUACCAUUAUUUGUACCUGCAUGCAAAAAUGUGACAGAAAAAAUAUAUUAGUUAUUACACCAGAUUAAUCUGAUAGUUUAGUUCAGAGUGUAACAUGAGUCACCAUGGAAUUACAAUUACCCAUAUACUUAAUUUGGUCUUGGUGAAAAUCUUAUAAGAAAUGAUAUAAGAAAGAUUUGCCAACUCAGUUUUUUUAUCCCACAAUGGCUAAUUUCCAGCACCUAAGUUCCAGAUGGAUGAUUAUCACUAUGUCUGUGUUUUGCUUUUCAAAACACGUCUGUUUAUAACUGAUAUGUAAGAUAGCCAUAUUUUAUGGUACAUACUCAGGGUUUGAAAUAGCCUACGGCUGCCGGCGAUAUCCGGCAGUUUUAGGACCUUGCCGGCAAUUUUUAAUUCCAAAGCAUAGGGGAUCGGCGAGAAUGUUUAUUACAUAUACACAGAACUUGUUAAAGUGCCUAUAUCACUUGGGGGACUUUUAUGGAUUUGAAAAUAAAUUAAAAAGAUAGUUAAUAUGUUUGAAAGAUUUUUUUGAUUUAGUGCAAUAGUUUUGAGGAUAUAGGCCUUUAAUUAAACAAUGUACUGUUCCUGAGUCCCAGCCUCCUGGGGUUAAACACGGCUAUUGUAUUUGGCCUUUUUCCAAACUGUCCAUUGUGCAUAGGAGCCUGGGACUCAGGAACUGUAGGUAGUUUAGAGGUCUGUAUCUUCGAACUUAUUGCACUAAAUCAAAAAAAUCUUAUGAACUUAUUAAUUAAAUUUUUACGCUCUUUUCAAAUCCAUAAAGGUCCCACAAGUGAUAUAGGCACUUAAUUAUACCAACCAACUAAAAUGUAUUGCACUGUGUUCGUACAAAUGUUGUCUUGCUUCACAUCACUAUUAUUUGGCCCAUGCCCACUUCAGAACAUAACUACACUUUGCUUGGAACAUAACUACACUUACAAAAACAGCCCACAAAAUUUGACAUAUUUUCAGAACGUUAUUUCGAACCCUGCAUACCUCAACAACUGUCAACUGACCAGCAAGAUGCUUGCCAUUAUUUGAACAUGACACUGUACAAAAUAAUGCAAACAUCAAAUAUCAUGGACAAUCAUGUACUAAUGUUCUGGGGGUCAAGAGUUUUCACAAUCAAGUUUAUUUUGUCCUGGUCACCAUUAAUUAGUCAGGGCCUGUUUAUAUGGAAGCUGGGCUGGCCCGCUCAAUAAUAAAAUGGGUGCAAUACGCAUGCGUGUCAACCAUGAAAUUCCAAAGUUAAUUUUUUAAACUAAUUUUUAUUAAACAUUUAUGGCGUUCCAUUUAUCCAGUUUUGGUUUCAAAUUAAGUUCACUCCAAAAACCGGUGAAUUAUUCAUACUUUGACACUUAUAUACUAUAUAACAAAACACUUAUUUACUGAGACCUCGGGAAAACAGUGUGUUUUGUGGCCCCUCAAACGGUCUCGGGUCCACAAAACGCACUGUUUCCCUGGGUCUCAGUAAACAGGUGAUAAAUAUUAAUUGUUCAACUUUUGUAAAAUGUCUGAAAACUGUGAGGUCUACAACAGAUAUGAAACACACAAUAUAUACCACAUAAUAUCAUUCAGCCAUACAAGUCACACCUGUCAGAAGCAUGACCACCCAAUAUUAUAUAAUAAUGUUAAGAAUUCAAGUGCUUUCAUUGGUCGAGACCCAUGAUCUAUUGGAGGACAGAUUGUAAAAUUUCAACUUUUUCAAAUUUCCAAAUGUUUGGGUGGAUAAAAAGUAAGCUAUUUACCUGUUUAAUUCAAGGUUUUUCUUUUUAUUAUAUAAAACAAAUAGAUAAGAUUUGGCUGUUGUCUGUUCAGUUAUAGACCCAUUGCACUGACGUCACAAAUCCUUAGAAUGUCCUCCAGAUGCUCCCUAACAAUAUCUGUUCGAGUACAACAUACAAAAUUAUUAUAAACUUUUACAAAAUUUGCUUUGUUUACAAAAGUUAUAUUAUGCACAGAUUGCUACUAGCGAGCUUAAGAUCUACAACGCGAACUUACGACGCGGACGUCACAUUAAACAAGUUUUAUUUUAAAACUAUGGCAAAUACCAUUAAAAUAUUUUUAUCACAGUAAAUAAAAUGAAAUUAUACUGGAAAAAAUGUACAACAUAACAGAGGCUAGCAAUAUAUUAAGAAGAUAUUUUUUAUCGUAAGUUUUUACGACUUCUAUGACGACGAAUCUUUGCAAAUAUCACGUCGUCUCGGAUGGUAGUUUUGGCGGGAAAAUGUGCAUUCGUAACAAUAGUCUAUAAAGCCUGGUUUCUAUCAUUUCGUAUGGCUGUUAACGUGUCAUAACAGUGUCACAAAUCUCGCAGAAAUAAACUGUGACAACUCUGACUAAGCUUACACUGCGCGGACGUGCUUACCUAAGGCUAGUUUUCCACAAAUUCGCGUUGUAGAUCUUAAGGUACGUUUACACGCUGCGAUUUGUCGGGCCGAUUUUGCUCGCUGUAUGUAAAUAACCUGUCGUGAGUACUCGCGUCAGCACCUUGCGAUUCACAAAAUCGGGAGAAAAGUCUGUAACACUAACACAGAUUUUUCUCACGAUUGAACGAUUUUUCUUCCGUUGUAAAGUUGAGAGAGCGGACAGCUUCAAUUGAACGUUUAAAUCGCUAAAUGUCGAAGAAGGGGCAUCGAUUAUUUACCAAAAUCGGCCCGACAAAUCGCAGCGUGUAAACGUAGCUUUAAGCUCCCUAAUUUGUCUUCCAGAUGCAUCGUCACCGGCGCUGUGACGUCAUGUGCAAUGGGUCUAUAGAUACACAGCAUGAUGUCAUAAUGUGGGAAGAACAAAGAAAUGACCCAUUUGUCCUUCCCACAUUAUGACGUUAUACUGUGUAUCAAUAACUGAACAGACAACAGCAAAAUCUUAUCUAUUUGUUAAUCAUACCACGAUAUGACGUCAUGCUGUGUAUCUAUAACUGAACAGACAACAGCAAAAUCUUAUCUAUUUGUUAAUUAUACCACGAUAUGACGUCAUACUGUGUAUCUAUAACUGAACAGACAACAGCAAAAUCUUAUCUAUUUGUUAAUCAUACCACGAUAUGACGUCAUACUGUGUAUCUAUAACAUAAUGUGGGAAGAGACAAAGAAAUGACCCAUUUGUCCUUCCCACAUAUGACGUUAUACUGUGUAUCAAUAACUGAACAGACAACAGCAAAAUCUUAUCUAUUUGUUAAUCAUACCACGAUAUGACGUCAUGCUGUGUAUCUAUAACUGAACAGACAACAGCAAAAUCUUAUCUAUUUGUUAAUCAUACCACGAUAUGACGUCAUACUGUGUAUCUAUAACUGAACAGACAACAGCAAAAUCUUAUCUAUUUGUUAAUCAUACCACGAUAUGACGUCAUACUGUGUAUCUAUAACUGAACAGACAACAGCAAAAUCUUAUCUAUUUGUUAAUCAUACCACGAUAUGACGUCAUGCUGUGUAUCAAUAACUGAACAGACAACAGCAAAAUCUUAUCUAUUUGUUAAUCAUACCACGAUAUGACGUCAUGCUGUGUAUCUAUAACUGAACAGACAACAGCAAAAUCUUAUCUAUUUGUUAAUCAUACCACGAUAUGACGUUAUGCUGUGUAUCAAUAACUGAACAGACAACAGCAAAAUCUUAUCUAUUUGUUAAUCAUACCACGAUAUGACGUUAUACUGUGUAUCAAUAACUGAACAGACAACAGCAAAAUCUUAUCUAUUUGUUAAUCAUACCACGAUAUGACGUCAUGCUGUGUAUCUAUAACUGAACAGACAACAGCAAAAUCUUAUCUAUUUGUUAAUCAUACCACGAUAUGACGUCAUACUGUGUAUCUAUAACUGAACAGACAACAGCAAAAUCUUAUCUAUUUGUUAAAUACCACGAUUAAGUGCUGCAAAAUGUACAUGAGCUCUGGGAAUGGACCAUUUGCAUUAUAGACUAAAUUUUGAUCUAAACAAGUCUAGACAAAAAUUUCAUCACAGCUUCAAAGAACAUCACAAAAUUAGUAACAUUCCAAAGUUUCGUUGCGAAAUGUUGUAAAAUGCGGAUAAUAUAGCCUUGCGAAGCGUGCCGUUUUUCAGUCAUUUUGUAUUACAAACGGGAAAUUGACAGCCCCAAAGAGUUUGGGGUUGUCAAUUUCCCCCGCGUAAUACAAAAUGAAAAACGGUGAAAAACUGAAAAACGACAAACUUCGCAAGGCUAUAUUAUCUGCAUUUUACAACAUUUCGCAACAAAAUUUUGCAAUAUUACCAAUUUUGUGAUGCUCUUUCAAGCUGUGAUGAAAUUUUUGUCUAUACUUGUUUAGAUCAAAAUUUAGUCUAUAAUGCAAAUGGUCCAUUAGUUUCAUAUUAUUUGCAGAGAACAAUGAAAAAUUCGUUGGGAUUCGAACUUGCAUCUUCGGGUUUCCAGACCGGCGCUCUGCCCACUGAGCUAUCGAGUUAACGGGGAUUGGUAACGAGUCUCAUCCAAUUUAAGGUGGCCUCCAUUAUUUCCCCAGUUUGCAUCACCAAACUACUGUACAAUAUUGCGUAAAUACUAAGGAUUACGAAAAACAAAAUAUGUCUUUAAAUAUUCUCGUUGGACAACCCUCGAAAUUCAACUAUUUUUGCCUCGGCAAAUAAUUGCCGAAGUCUUUCGAUAAUUUUCGAGUUUGCCUCGGCAAUGCCUCGGCAAUUUUUUUUGCCGAGGCGCGCAAUGAAAUCACCUUAAAUUCCUUCGGCAAUUCCUUCGGCACCCUUCGGCAUUCACGUCGGCAGUUGUAAUUAAAGUAACGUAUAUACGGAAAUUAUUGUAAACAAAUAUUAUAACGAGCGUAGAUUCUGGCGGUUGACAAUUUGUUGUUAUUUUACAAAUUCCUGAUUAAAAUGUUUUUAAAAAGUUAGUGGUAAUUAACAACAAACUGUAUGAAAGAAUAAACUUGACGGUAAUCACGCGACAGUCUAAAAGAUAAAACAAAGUUUCUCGACGUGCCGUCUUUAAACCAUCAAGAUUGUUUUUUAUUUAAGCGGAAGCCGACGCUGAAAAGCUCAAAUUUAAAUAUUUUGCUAUUAAUGAAAUCUUCUGUUGUUCACCCGGGCGACGUCGAUGACAACAAUUCGAACAAAGAAGUGAUACAAUAAAACGAACACUGUAGUUUGUAAAUUUAAGCAGAAAAACGAACAGACGCUGUAGUUUGUAAUUUAAGGUCUUUAAGGUACAACAGGUGGAAUUACCUCGGCAUUUUUUUGCCGAGGCAAACUACGAAAAAUCGUAACUUGCCUCGGCAUUUGCGUCGGCAAUUGCCGAGUGCCGACGCGAAUUUCGAGGGUUGAAUUUGGACUAAUAUUUUGUGUACUUUGAACUACUUUCCAUAUUUGUUUUCAUUUUGACUUCCAUAAUAUUUGUUUGAGAUUAUUGAAAACAGAAAAUACAGUAUAUCUGAAACAGUAAGAAUGGAACAAUUUGGACUUGUUCAGUUGUUGUGAAAAUCAGAAUAAAAGCCCGUAAAACUAUUCACGACUAUUGAAAUUUUUUCACUAAAGAUCUGUUUCAUGAAGGAUCAACUUUUAUGUAAAGUAAACACUUGACGAUUCAAGUUAAAUGCGAAGAGCUAUAGUAAGUCUUUGAUAUUAACUAUUACACAAAUAAAUAUUUCAGUGACAUAAUUAUUUGUAGUGCAGUAUUUCAAAAAGUCAAGUUUUAAAUCGCUACAGUGUUAUUUAUAUUUCACUGUAGUUUCGACAAGUCGAAGAUUUUGAACAAUACUAAACGUUAAAACGUAAAAAAAUACUAUAAAACAAAAGUUUAAAACUGGUCAACGAUUUAAAGAAUACUGGUGUCGUUUUUUUUUUUCAAUAUAAGCACUCAUGUGGCACCAAAGAGAAAUGUUUUUCGUGGCACAAAUUUUGCUGACCCAACCAUUAAAAAGUAAAAAAAAAAUAUUACCGCAACCUCAAAUAUCAAUUAAAAAUAAAUACCCACCCCUGGCCAAAAACUUUACAAACGGAUACCAUUCAGUUGUCACACAUAACCUUUACCACUUCUGUGACAUGAGUUUGACAACGGCUUGUGAAAUUUUCUGCAGUCUAAAGUUUCAUGUUGUCUGCAAAUGUACUUUCUUUGGAGACACCAUUUGCCUAGCUCCUAACAAAUCGGAAAAUGAUCAAGAUAGUGACUUUGAUUGAUUACAUAUUGUAUUGACAUAUGACUGUUGACAGUGCUUUUUGGUCUCCAAUAUUUCAGUGAGUCAUGCUUUGGAAAUGACAAUAAAUGUGUAUUACCCAACUCUUGAGUUUUCUUUUUCAUUUACCCAACCUUUUGCUUACUCAAAAUUUCGUUUACCCAACCCUUUUCUCUUCGGUGCUAUUCCCGCCAUAAAUAAUGACCGGUCCCUAAAUCAACUUCAAAUUCUACUUAUAACUGUAGGGAGGCUCUUUAAGUGAAUGAAAUAUUUUCGCGACGACUUAACUGUUGUCUUAGAGGACGCACAGUAUUUCAAUUCUAUUUCAGAACCCCAGAUACCAGUCAGGGAAAAAGUGGGGGAAGUGGUUCUUGAUUCUCAUCCUCGUCUCUUGCGCAUAUUUGUAAUGGACAACUGAGGUUGAGAGCUUAUCCUUCACAAAAAUGUCCUGGGGACGAGUUUGAACAUUGUUCCCAUCAUCAGUGUUUAGUUGUUUGGUUAACGACAGCUAUUAGCCUUAUCAUUCAGCACUGAUAGAUAAUAGACUUAUCAUUCAGCACUGAAUAUGAUACGUCUACUCACCAUGCAGCGAAAUUCAACUGCCUGAAAAAUACAAGUUCUCAAAACUUCGACGUUUUGAGCGGGAAAUAGUGUUUUUGUUGCUACCCACGCUGGCACAGACCCUUUGAGUUUAAAUUAAGUCUAUUCACGGCUGUUCCCUAUCCCUCCACAAUUGCGGUUACUGGUUUUGAACUAACUCUUCUUUCUUGCUAACAUCCGCCACUGGCAUAUGAUUCAUGAUUUCAGACCUUACUGGGUUUAAAUCAAAAGCCUUCUGUGAAAAGAAUCAAUCGUGGUCAUACAAAGUUCUUAGUGGAACAACUGUAUGCAAUGUUUCUCUAUAUGCUCAUUUUUCUUUACUUGCUUUUGGCCCUGAUCUCUAUGUCCAAGCAUCUAUAUUUCAACGGAAAUAUCAUUUAGUUCCUUUUAAGUAAGAAUGGUACCAUACCUGAUUGUCUCACUGAAUUGUAUCACUGUAUUAUCAUAAUUGUAUUACCAUACCUGAAUUGUAUCACUCUCACUCACUCACUGGCAAAGUUUCUUCAUUGCUGCAAUGAUCACAAACAAGCAAGACCUUGUCCACCACAACUUAUUCAAAUCCUGAACUGUUUCAUAUUUCCAUUUGCUCCGUGAAAUAUCGCCAUUGUUAUCCAGUAAACCAGGGUUGCUCACGUGGGAAGGUCAUGUAGAUAAAGCAUUUUACCUUCCAGCAUUGAACUACGUUUGGCUAUUUAGCGAGUGUCAGCGUUCUGUUAAUAACACGCAUAGCAAACAGUGAAAAAUGUUUUCAAGAAACAGAGAAAUUCUCACUUCUAUUUCACUUACCCAACAUUGCCCAAUUUUCGAUCUCUUUAGUUCUUCUGUCCUAACUUUAAUUUUAUUCACUUUGUUCGAGAAAAUCAAAUUUGCUUGAUACCCAUAAAGCUUCGGUUUAAUUAAUUUCCGAAAUAGUUCUUCACAUGGCGUCUCAAGAUCUUGUCGUAUUUGGCUUGGACCAUGGCGCACCAGCAUGAAUUCUUAACCAAUGCUAAAUGGAAUUAUUCCCGUAAACAGUUUCAAAGACGCGACAAGUAGUACGUGCUAUUUCUUUCAAUCAAUUAGGAUAAAGUUCAUUGUGACGUCACAUGAAUUUAUAAGCGUGUGCUACAGCAAGGGAUUAUGGGUAAUUUCAGAUUGUGACGUCAUGUAAGGAACUCGUGUGAAAAUUGAUAAGAGACUCGGUGGAUAAUUAGGAUCACUUGGGGGUUUCUAGGACUCAUCAUACCUCAUACCUAAUUCAUUGUUAAAAUAUGUUUCUUAAGGACAGCUGAAUGCCUUAUUUUACCAUACAAAAAUAAACUCACAAAUUCUUCCUUUUGUCCCUUUUGAGCGGAUUCCUUUGCUGAUUCCUUUGCUGCAGAAUUGUCUGCAUGAUUAAAUAAUUAUGCCUCUAUCUUUGUCAGAGACAUUGAGCUCAAGACACAGUCUCCCCAUUGAGAUUAAAAAGUGUGAUGCGAUGCAAAUUUUGCUACAGUUUCAUGCGAUGCAGGUUUUGCUUGCCCGCUUUCCACUAGGCGCAUUUGUUCGCUCGAAGCGAAAAUAAAUUUCGGCAAUGUGAUUGGUCAGCGAAAAUUGUCGCCGCGAAAAAGUUUGAUCAGUUCCUACUUUAUUAAUUGUCGCUAACUAUUUUGCCUGGCGGGAAACGGGCUUUAGCAACAUUAGUUUUGUUUUACUGGUAUACUGUGAUUAGGUUAAUGAAAGGUGUUAGCAAAGUCUUACAUGUAUGUGUUCUUUUUCUUGCAGCUAAUGUUGGACUAAGUGGCGUAAAUGACUUUGACUAUCCUGAACUGUCAAGUAUUUCGGAUGGCCUGGCAAACAUUCAGUUGAUAUCAACAGUUAAACAUGUACCACUGCCAUCAGAACUUGUCGAACAAUUUUCUUGUAUCCUUUUUUAUUGAUUUCCUCAUAUCGAUUUUUCGUUAGUCCCUAUUUCGUGUAAUAAUGGUUGUCCGGAUAUCAAAAUCUCUCUUUUCUCUACCUUGUUUCAACGUCAUGUCAAAAGACAAGAAUUGCGUCUCAUCUCCAAACAUACCACCAUUCAUCUCCGUGGUCGGAACGAACGUUUGAAACCGAAGAAUAUAGGCCAGGUUAAGUGUUCCAAGGGUCGUGGGUUCGGUUCCCACCGUGGCCGGGCAUAUUUUUCAAGCCUGCCCGGUGUGGAUAUACACUCAGAGUAACAUCAUGGGAAUCUUAUUCACCUGAGUACAUAACACCAACACAGCAAAUAUUAUUUCUUUUGUGUUACAGUAUAUUUAAUGCAGGUGCAGGAUUAUAUUUGUUAAAAAAUAUCGUUAACAUUGUGUAAUAAUGAUAAUAAAAUCAUUUAUUUAAACACGAUAAUAAUAUCGCCGAUGUGGUCGUGUGACUAAUACUAUACAUUAUAACUAACUAAUAAUAAAAUGUGGCUAAUUUGACUAACUAAAUUAAUAUUUCACAUAAUUACAUAAAAUAGAAAUCACAAUAUUUUGACAGCACAGUGACACUAAUAUAUGAUGAUGUAAACGGAUUUCUGGAACGAAAUGUACAAACUACUUACCAUGGUACUUUUAUGAACAUUGAUGUAAUAAUAUGACUAUCUAAUUCCAUACAAGAUACUGUAACGGGUGACUAAAUCUUUCGAAUACUACAGGAGUAUAACCGCAUUAUUUAAGUUAUAUAUCUAGCUGUAAUCACUGAUAAAUCCUGAGAUUAAUGCAUAUCUUACAACAAACUAAACAUUUAUCAUUUGUUUCAAUUUGGAUAAUUAGACAGUCAUAUAAUUAGUAACUUAUUAGUAUCUGGUAUAUCAUGUGUUAAAACUUAAUAGUCUUAAGAUAUGCAAUGUAAUUGCCAGAUGGGAUUGUUCCCAGAAAUUCGAAGAGCUUGGCUAUCCAUUGACAGUGAUAUAUUCGUUUGGAAUUAUGAAGAUGGGUGAGUUUGACGGACACUUGAGUUUUGACGCACUCUUGAGUUGACAUUCCUCCUUAGUGAACACAUAUCUUUGGUCCCAAUGUUAAUGAAAUACUUUUAUCAAAACACCUAUCAAAUACACACCUGGUUAGGUGGACUGAUCGUCGGGAUCACGGAGGUAUCCGCUAAACAGAUUUUCAACUGUAUUGUGUAUUAGUAGUGUGGCUAUAUACAGUGUGAUUGUAUAAAUACGGGAGAUGUUUGGCAAAAAGUUGGAGAAAUUACUUUCCUUCUCCCUCAGUUACUGUGGCCGUCAUGUAAAAUGUGAAGAAAACGUUAUGAUUUUACCCCCUAGAAUCUCUCUAACCCCUCUUAUAAAGUGUUCAACCCCACCAAAAUUUCGCUUCACCCCUCCUAUUUUGUGUGAAAGUAUUUAACCCUAACGCCUAACCCCUGCCGAAGCUCGCUCAGUGGUGCCAUUUGCACCCCACUAGAAAUUUUCCCACCCCUCCUUUUAAGUAAAAUGAAAAUCCGCCCUUGGAUUUUACUUUGUAUUAUUCCGACAAUGUGUGUUUGUUGCUGGUAAAGAUAGUUUGAAGCUUAAUAUCUCUGCUCUUCAAACAAAUGAUUGGUGCCUACUCUGCUCUCGUUUUCAAGCCAGCCAUACAGUACUUCUCGUACAAACAAGGAAAACUAUAGUCAAGGAAAAUAUGUCCAAAAAUACAGCGUCCCUCUUUCGUUAUAAAACUCCUAAAUGCUGUGAAUCUAGGUCUCAGCGCUGACAGUUUUAUUUGAUUUUAACGAAUUCUGACUUGAAUAAGUUUCUUGUUUUACAGAAGUGAUUUGGCUUACUUUGAUGGUUUAAGUGAAACGAUAUUAAGUGCUGGUCUGGUGAAGCCAAAACCAGGUACUGUAUAGAAACAUGUUGUUUUACUUUCAUCAUUGGCGUGAACAUGCUUCAUUUUUUAGCAAAUAAGGAUCGUAUCUUAAAGCAUUAAUUCAAUUUUCCUACAGGAAUAUUUCAAGAACAUAUUAAGUUUCUCCUAUGUCUUACUACACCUGUCGAUGUUGUUCUUCUUGGUGUCAGCUUCAGUGACAGGAAUGCAGGUAAAGUCUCUUGAAAUUACUGUAGUUGUUAAAUUAUAUCUUAUAUUUGAACACAAGCUACACUAGUACGGUUUACAGGACAUCGCUUCGUAGUUCCUAUAGUAUAUGAGUGUAAAUAAAUCCCGUUGCAUGGACACCCCAUCAUAAAAUGUCGAGAUGUUAUUCUUGAGGUUAUAAUGAAAGUUUUUAUUACUGGGGCACGCACCAAAUUUGGGCGCCCAAAUUAAAUUUGUUUAUCAGCAUCCCAACCACGUAGAUCCCGCCGGGGGAGUAACACCUGCACGCUUAAUUUUAGUUGCUGUAUUAUGUAAUUGUAUUUUUUAGAUGCAGGGCCAGAAGACGAUUACCAGGAGAUGCACUUACUACCUGAACCUUUAUUUACCUUACAAACUGACAAUGUUUACAUGUCUGGAAUAACUGGAACACUGAACGGCAGAAUAUUCCUCUGUGGAAGAGAUGGCUGUGUAUAUGAAAUGGAUUACCAGGUAGGUAUAAAGACAUGAAAUAUGCAUGUUAUCAUAUUCCAUGUGCAUGCCUUGUUCCUGAAGAAGAAUGCAAGGCUAUCAAAGUCCUAAAAUCCUUAUUAGACUUUUCAUGUUCGAGCAUGGUCGGUAACUUCACUCCUCAGAAUAUAUGUCUGGCCACUUUUGGACUGACCUUGUCCAUUCGCGAUCGUUUUACCAUGCACACGUGUCCUGCUGUUUCCUUUUCUCACAGUAGUGGUCGGGAGGUCUUGCUUUUUAAGGCUAUUGCAGGAAGCUGCAGUGUGUGCGAACUAUAACUCUCGUUUUAUGGCUUGGUCUUUGAUAGUGCUGUGCAAACUCCGGGUUUUCACCUCCGGCCCCAGCCAAAAACCCAACUCCGACAGAACAUUUCCAGCCCGGCAAAUUCGUGAAAAUUCGAAAUUUAGUGGAAAUUUUACAUUUCAAAAUGGAAGCACUAUCUUUGUUUUUGAUUUUUUUAAUAACACUUCACAUGAACAUUUCGCACUAUGUUUGUGGCCAGCCUACGCAGUAUCAAUGCGAGUAUUUACUUUUUCGUCGAUGGAUUCAGGUUUUUUAGCCGAUGUCCGACAGUAGUUUGCAGCUCAAAUAAGUGCUGCCGGAGUGAACAAACUCCAGCUCCGGCAAAAUAGGCAAAAACUCCGGCUCCGGUGCACAGCACUAGUCUUUGGAUGUGGCUAUACAUUGUCCACUAUAGUAUUGAUGUCUUAUACUGUUUUAUACAAUGUUUUAGGGAACAGGCAACUGGUUUGGAAAGAAGUGUAAGAAGGUCAACCAUUCUGCAAGCUCUCUAUCAUUUCUUGUUCCAUCAUUUCUCAGUUUUUCAUUCAGUGGUGAAGGUGAGAAUCACACAAUGAUCUCUUCAAACUAAAUGUAGAUCCCCUCCACCUAUAUACAUUCCCCUAGCAGGGAUAUUUUAGGUUUUAGUACUUGAGUGGGAGCUCCCCCCUAAAUUUCAGGGGUUUUUUAUUUGGGUGGGUGGGGGUGGGGAAUUCCCACUCCUAUAGUCACAAACCCAGACAUCAUUUCCUACGCUCACCUAUUUCCAAGUGAGGGGAUAGAAAUGAUGUCUGAGUUCACCAACUGCACCUCUAUACUCAAGGUUAUAUUCCUUACCACUUACCAGAUUAAUAAUGAUAUUCAUGUUCCAUUUUGGGGGGAAUGCCCCCCCCCCCCGCAAAAUACCCCUACCUAGGAACAUCGAAUCUGCCCGUUUGAUAGGAAUGAACACCAAAGUACUUUACGAUAUUAUUUCUUGGGUUAGGUCUUCGUCAACUUCGUUCCCAGGCUAUCCCCUCUUGAGCAGCAAAGACCAUGGGAACGAAGUGGGUUUUCGUUGGGCAAUAUGUUAACUACAAUUGAAAAAUAAUUAUAAAUACGUUUAUCUCUAAUAUGUAAUUGGAAUUUCGAAUUUCAGAUCCCGUUGUUCAACUAGCAGUUGAUAAUACGAGAAAUAUUUUAUAUUGUCGGACAGAAAGAGGGUCCAUUCAGGUAUGAAAGUGGAACGCCAUAAAGAUUAAUUCAUGCUUGUUUACUGAAUACCUGUGCAUGAAUAUUUUUAAUUAUUAUUUGAGCUAUGUAUGUGAUUAUGUUAUGUAUGUGAUUAACACAUACUAUACUUACUGCAGUAUAGGGAAACCUCGCAAAGUCUGCGUUCAAUCUUGGUUUGUAUAACAAUCUGAAUUUAUAUCAUGAAUCAUGUAUUUGUAUUCUAGGUUUUUGAUUUAGGAAAAGAUGGUACAAAAACAUCUUACGUGACGUGUUGUUAUGAAGAAAGUAUUGUGAAUAAAGCAGCUAGCAUGCUAAGGUAAUCUAUGUUUUACAUACUUAUUAAUAACAUUUACAUUGCUUGUUAGGUCUCCAUGAUAUUUUUAUGUGUGAAAUAAUUCCCAGUGUACCCAAGUUUUCCUUAUUGAAUUGCACAGUAGACGUUUCCCAAGAUAACUUCACAAUCUCAUUCCAGGCCUUUUUUCGCGUGGUUUUGGAAAGUACAUUUUCACAAUUAUGUUGCUGUUUGACUAAGUUCUAUAGUUUAUCCGAUGUUUCGAUUAGUUUCGUUUGAUAUAUCUGUUAUAGUUUAUCCGAGAUAUCGUGAAACUUUCGAAUGUGAAAAGAGUGCAUCCAAUUUUAAUCUAGACUAAACAUGUUAGGUUCUCUCGAUUUCCUCCUUUAAAGGCACAGUUCAGCCUUUUAAAUGAUGGUUUUUAAAGCGCGUUUCAGCCCUUUUAAUUGAAAAAACUAAAUAGGAAAAUUAAUUAUACAUAAUUCAAGGUCAGUAAACUCAAUGUUUUUUAACAAUAAAAAUGUUGUAGAAUGUUGAAAACAUUAAGUUUGCUGAUCUUGAAUUAUGCUUAAUUGAUUUUCCUAGUUAGUUUUUUCAAUUAAAAGAGUUGAAAUGCGCCUUAAACACCAUCAUUCAAAAGGCUGAACUGUGCCUUUAAGGAUGACCAAUUGGUCUGUAUGGGAGAGGAUUGAUAAAUCUAUGUACAUCCAGUAUAAAUAAAGUUGAUAGAAUCUUGAACGGUCAGUGUAGGCAGUGCCAAUAAUAAGACGAAGGGCCUUCGCUCGAAAAUCGAAGUGCUCCUUGUAUUUUUCAGGUAGCUGUUUUCAUGGGAGAGCGAUUGAUAAAUCUGUGUACAUCCAGUAUAUAUAAAGCUAGUUUAGCUUAGCGUGGUUUAGUUUCCAUUUUAGUAUAAUUAAAAGAUUGCACAUGUAUAGGUUGCUUGGUGAUGACGCAUUUUAUUCUUUAAAUUUUCUAACAGAAGUAUCGACAGAACUCGACUUAAACCCAUUGUUCACAUCGCUCCUAUCCCUACAAAUGAAUCUCAACUUGUUCAUCUCGUAGCGAUUACACAAUCAGGUAAGAAACUUGGCGGUUGAAGCGUCACAAUAAAAUGUCAGAUACUUUAAGUACUUUUUGGUUGGUAUAUUGUUACAUUACAUUAUUACAUUAUUAUUCAGCUAACUCCCCAUCGGAGUUUCUCAGCAAUCGAUCGCAUGAAGUAUCACGUGACUACGUUAUGUUACUUAGACUAUACUAUUCAUCUUUGCAACAGACCUUUCCCCUUUUGAGUGAAAUUUUGAUCUAGACAAGUCUGGUCAAAAAUUUCAUCACAGCUUGAAAGAGCAUCACAAAAUUAGUAAUAUUCCGAAAUUUCGUUGCGAAAUGUUGUAAAGUGCGGAUAAUAUAGCCUUGCGAAGUUUACCGUUUUUCAGUCAUUUUGUAUUACAAAUGGGAAAUUUAUAAUCAGUUUGAUCAUCUGAUUAUCAAUUUCCCGUUUGUAAUGCAAAAUGACUGAAAAACGGCAAACUUCGCAAGGCUAUAUUAUCCGCAUUUUACAUCAUUUCGCAACGAAAUUUCGGAAUAUUACUAAUUUUGUGAUGCUCUUCCAAGCUGUGAAGCUUCCAAGCUGUUGUCCAGGCAUAUCUAGAUCAAAAUUUCACUCAUAAGGGGAAAGAUCUAUUCAUAUUUAAUUUAGUAAUAUUAUAUUUUCCUAUUUUACUUUCCUAUAUAGGUGUACGACUGUACUUUAUGACUACAACACCAGAACGUUUUCAAGAUCGUCCUUCCAAACUAUCGUUAACUCAUGUUCGCAUGCCACCAGGGUGUGCUCCUUCUGCACGUCCUGAAAGACCGUUCAUGGUUCAUGCUGCUUACUACAGGCAAGGUAAUACCAGAAAAACAUCACCUUACGCAUGUGGCAUUUUUCAACUGCAGUGAACGUAUUACAAAGGCCCAAAGGUCUUGAGCUGCACGAGACGAGAUCGUACAUACAGUUAGUUGUCUAUUUUUUAACAGCUACCGUAGUAUACUAGUACAGUACGUUUGACAUCCAAUAUUUGGAGAUCAUGAUUUUAAAAUGACAAUACGUUUCUCCAGUAAGUUAUUGUUCUCGAUGUUCCCAAGAUAAGAUGCCAGCUUGGAGCAUAAUAUCACUAUAAUUUUAUUCAACACAAAGUACAUUUUCUAGAUUAUUAUAUCUUUAUUUAUACCAAAAGCUCCAUUAUUAGUAAGGACUAUCAGUAUUAACAGGUGUCUUCACCUUAAGAUGAAAUGGAAUGCAGCCUUCAAAAUGAAUUUUUCCUAAUCUCAUCCACGAUUCUAUUUUCUAGGCAUUGUUUUAUUAUGUUCGUCACCCAAUGAAGAGAAUGAUGUUUUAUGGAGCAUCAGUCCCGAUAUAUUUCCUUUUCAAAAAACUUUACAAGAAUCAUCCGUGAACAUUCCUCUGGAGGGGAGGACAUGGGCAUUGCAUGAGGUUCCUGAAUCAACAUAUCCAGUACUACCCUCUCCAGUCCCCGCUAUGUGGCCUGAUCCGCCUGCAGUUGUUACCCAGCAUGCACUGCCUUCAAGGAAAUUUGUCGUACUAAGUGCGCAGGUAAAUGCAUGUCCUGUCAUUAUAGAUACUGCUUGAUUUUUAAUAAGAACUCCUGUAGAUUUUUAUGCUAGAUUAUAUUUCGGAAUACUUAGCGAUUGUCGUUGCGAUGCAUAGAUAUGCUGCCUUGUGUUUUUAUGAUUUGGUCUUUAGUUAAUUUCACUUUCAAUAUUUGCAAUCACAUUUAAUAUACAACAUUUUCUUGACCUCAAACUAACCCUUAUCCCCCCUAACGGCAACCACAAUCCUAACACCAGAGUUGUGACUUUAUUUUCUGGACAUUUAUAUGGAACGUCACUCUCAAAUAUCUAUUUAGAUAUGUUGUAAGUGUAAAAUGUCAAUGAUAGUUUAAAGAACUAAUAGUUCUUUAAACUUUUUUGUCUUAAAGGUCAUUCAAUUCCUAAGGUUCGUUUACAAGUGCAAUUUUUGCUGCGAUUUCUAGUGCGAUUUCUUCUUCUGAUGAUGUGAACGAGUAUAUUCUAGAGUUAUGAAUGCUUGGGAUAUAUGUGCCCUCAUCUGAACAUCCAUAGCUCAUCCACUCGUUCACAUCUAUCAGAAGACAAAAACCGCACCUAAAAUCGCAGCAAAAAUUGCACGUGUAAAAGUAGUACCUUAACAAUGCUUUCAUUGCUGAAAAUUUUGGUUACAGCAUUGUUACACAGUUAUUCACCUGUAAUUCAAAGGCUUUCAGAAUUUUUUGGGGGGGAGGGGCGCACUUGGUCACAGCUAAACUCAGUGUUGCUGUAUCUAUUAAGUAAUAACUGCUUCGAUUACUAGUUUACCUUUGACUGAUUUUCUAUUCUUACUUCCCUAUAACCUGACAAACACACACGGUCUAUACCACUAACUUAUGUUAUGGUUUAAAAAAUCCAGUUAACCUAAUUUUUUUCUAAUCACCCUAACCCUACCCUGGUUCCAGAGGCUUGAGAGAGGUUCCUAGCUAGGGUUCCUGUUCUGAUCUUUCCUUUUCUUCUCAAAAAUCCUUUAACAGCCUGAGAACCUCUGGCACCCAGGGUACCCUAACCCUAGAGUAAGAGUUGCCUGAAAAAGAACACCUAUACCUCUAACUUGCAAGAAUUUUGCCAUCAUUCAGAGAGUAUUACCAAUUAAAAUAUCGUAUUUUAGUAUCCACUUUGAUAUUAUUAUCAUCUCUCAGGGCUCUUACUUGUUUAACACCAUCCGUCCAUUUGAACAACUAAAACAGCUACUACUGGCUAACAAUGGUCCAGAUUCUGAAGCAGUUCAGGGAUUCUUUAGGUUAUUGCAGGUUAGUAAGCGUAAGCUGAUGUUGUCUGCUGUGUGUCAAAUACAUUCUAUAAACUGCAGUGAACCAAUUCUAUAUCUAUAUUUUAUUUCAGGUUGAUCAUGCAUGCGCAACAGCUCUUGUUCUAGCUUGUUCGACCACAGAUCUUGAGGUGGGUAAUCAUUGGGUAAUCCGGCUAGACCUAGAAAUUGCCUGAAAAAAUACAAAACGAACUUUGACCUUUCGAGCUAAUGCCCUACUAGCUUUCAGACGAAGUGCAUUCGCUCGAGACUUUCGAAGUUGUUUUUGUAUUCUUCAGGUAGUUUAAUGUUAGAAGUACUAGUUAAAACAUGAGCAUCCGAUCUUUAUCAGUUUAUCUGAUAUACAAACUUGAGCCGAAGGCAAGAGUUCGUGUAUCAGAUAAAGAUCGGAUGCGAAUGUUUUAAUGUACUUAAAAAACGACCCAUCUUGUGAGUUCAUUGGCAAAGUAAUUUUAAAAAUAAACAUUGUCUAAGCUGAGAAAAUCAAAGCUGAAGUUUAUGUAAAUCAGGACAAAUCAUUAUCCGAUUUACAAACAUUAAUUAAACAUUCAUUUCUUUUGAAUUUUCUUCAUGAAUUAUUAAUGAGUUUUUGAAUGAAUGUUAAAACAUUCAAAACAAAAUUAUAAGCUAAAUGUGAGGAUUUUGGGAUCUCACUGAAGGAAAAUGUUGAAGGGUUUUGUAGAUGAAAAUUACGAGUGUAAAUUUUAUACAUUAUUUUAGACCUAUCCAGGAAUAUAGGCCCUCAGGCAGGAAUGGAACCUGCGUUCCUGCCAUUCCGGUAGAGCGCUCUAACCAACUAAGUUACAGAGUUCAGUUGUGGAGCUCUAACCACAAGUUCAUGUUCAGUUGUUGAAGUUUCUCUGUCUUUGAUUUUCUAUAAAUUAAGAUUGCAGACUGGGCAACACAAGCGUUCUUCAGGUAUGGCAGUGCAACAGUCAGUUAUCCUGUUAUGACACUGGAAAGUCCUGGCGAUAUGAGAGGUCAAGGUGGUCAACAUAUGAGACGACCAUAUCCAAGCCAAGGUCAUGAAACUGGAAUAUCACCAGAUAUGAGUUAUAUUCCACCAACACCUGCUCUUGGUGGGAGUCAUGGCGGGAGUUACCUAGCAACACCUGCAGUCAGGCAACACGCGGGGUAAGAACAGGCCAUGCGGUAUUUCAAACCUGAAAAUGCCUCAUGUUUUCUAACUUAUGCUUUAAGCUAUUAUUUUUAUGUGUUUAAAAACAUUCCCUCCUAUAGACUUGAUCAAACGUUUCUCCAUUAUUAGGACCGUAUUUGACUCUUUAUCCAUAUGACUUAGGAUUUGAAUGCUGUAGAUCAGGGACCUGUUGUAUAAGACUCUUAACCUAAUGUUUGAAUACCAGCUAUAUAAGCGAUACUAAUUAGAAUUAGAUGUAAUAAUAAAAAUAACUUUAUUCAAACAGAAAUAACAAUGAUGCUUGUGAUGUUACCCUGAGUGUAUAUCCACACCGGGCAAGCUUGAAAAAUAUGCCUGGCCACGGUGGGAAUCGAACCUACGACCUUCGGAAUACUAGCCCAAUACUCUGCCAACUAAGCUACGCGGUCAGGACGGUUCGACCCGACCUGACCACGUAGCUCAGUUGGUAGAGUAUUGGGCUAGUAUUCCAAAGGUACAAGGUUCGAUUCCAACCGUGGCCAGGCAUAUUUCUCAAGCUUGCCCGGUAUGGAUAUACACUCAGAGUAACAUCACAAGCAUCAUAUUCACCUGAGUAGUCAUAACACCAAUAUUGACAGAAAUACCAAUAUUGCUGCAUUGAAUACAGAACAUUGUCAUGCGAAUGAUGUUGAUGUGUUGCAUUACGAAUCGUCGUUGAUAGUUGUCCCUUAUGCGUUGCAAGAGGAUUUUUGUUUGCAUAUGUAAGAGUUAAAUACCGAGAAGGAGGGCUUUAUGCUAUAUACAGCCCCGAGAACGCGAAGCGUUCGAGGGCUUUAUAUAGCAUAAAGCCCGACAUUCGAGGUAUUUAACUGACUUAUUUCAUGAUUGAAGAGGUUUUCUAACAAAGUUUUAUUCUUUUUUUUCGAUUUCGACAAGUAUUUUUCUAGUUUUCUCCCUUAUUUCUUGACUAAUUAGGGCUUUAUGGUAUUCAAGGGCAUUAUGCUAUAUACAGCCCGCGGUACAUCAAAGAAAACCGAGUCAAUCAUGAAAUAUGCUAUAUUAUUUUACAGUUUGUAACAUGGACGGAUUUUCAGAUUUUGUUCGGGGAGGGGGAGAGGGGGUGCCGAAAAUUUAGGGAGGAUUGAGCGAUGGGGUGCAUAGCACUGCCGAACAAGCUGCAGCAGGGGCCUGGGGGCACAGUUGAGGGGGCAAUUUCUCUAAGUGGGGUGGACCUCCACCACCAGAAAAUCUGUCUAUGGUUUGUAAUGAUUAGACCUAACUGUAUACUUUUACCUUCAGCUCUGUUCAAAAUCCUCCAUUACAAUCCACUCCCUAUCCAUCUGCCGUGGGAUCUAGUGUUGUUCAAGCUGAAACUCUCAAGUCAGGAAGACUGGCUGGAUUAUAUCUUUACUUGUCAAGAAUAUUAGGGUAGGCAUUUCACUAUAAAUUAUGUUAGUGUAGUUUAAAACGUUCUUUCUUUUUCAAUGACAUGCAUGAAACCUGCAGGUUCCUCAUCUGCUCAACAGAAAUUAGCUAGCGUACAAUCUAAGAUAUCUGUGUUCGUCUACACUCGGGUUGCAGUAACUCGGUUUUCAGACUUGACCUCAUUGAGUAUUUGUUUUAUUAUGAAGUCUAGAUUUACUCGUAUAUUACCAUGCCUUUAUAGGCCCAAAACUUGAAUUGAAAGUAUCUUCUAACCUUUUUACAAAUAUUCUAAAUUUUAUUAGAAAAUGGGAUUUCUGGCAUAUUAUUCCCGAAAGUAUCUUAGUAUAUCCGGAAUUGCAUGGUUGUUCACCAGAUGCCAUCUUUUCACAAGUAUAUGUUCGUGACUAGUCCCUUCGCAGACGUUCUUAUUGCUCCAACCCUCGCUAACGAACGUCUGCUGUUCUGAACUGAACUGAACUGAACUGAGCUGUACAUUCCAUUCCCUCGAAUCGACCAAUCACAGCAAACCUUCUAAAUUGCGGGAAGUGAAAUUAUUCUAUAUUAAUAUGCAGAAAUGCACGAAUUAAUAAAAGAAUGAUUUUGAUUGGCUUUUGCUUUAUGAAUCACUGCAAUAUGAUUGGCGCCUGAAACAAAGGGAAUGGAAUGUAGCAAUAAAAACGUCUGCGAAGGAGACUAGUUCGUGGCUAGAACUUCAGUUGACAUUUACGUACAGGAUGGUUUUGCACUCUAUAUGUUUUGUUGUGAUUUUCCAGACCAUUGUGGGAUAAAAGAUUAGUAACACAAGAGUACCGUGUUUUACCUGAGCCUCCGAACAAUUGGGUAAGUGGCUUUCCUACACAUAAAAAAUUCCGGUUUUUCACUUUGACUAUAGAUUUCUCCCAGUCGUUAAUAACAGUGUGUUUUAAUAACACAGCUUGUGUACGCGUAUUUUUGAAAGUUAUGGAAAGUUUUGAUAGGUGUUGGGUGUAUUUUCCAUUGGAAAAUAUAACUUUGGUUCUGUUGAGUAAGGCUGGAAGUCAUACUAUUUUGUAUAGCUCGCUGUUACUUUUAGCGGUACAACGAACGCUUAAUUAAGCCGGUUAUUGUUGAGUGCCCUCGGUUAGGUGUACAAAUUAUUUUGUUUCUAGUCAGCGCGCGGGUCAUUAUGAACUGUGCGCGUCAAUGUUUUUCUAUUAUUACAAUCAAUAAGAAUGGUUUCAGAUCCAGGGAUGGAUUUAAUGGGGGUGCAGGUGUGCAUCUCUCCUAGAUUUGGCAAGUGGGGGGAGGGGGUAAGGGGUACCAAUGCUUUGUUUGCAUGUGUUUGGGAUAGCAAUUACAAAAUCAAAAAUGAAAUAGAGAUUAUAAAAUGUUUGUGAAAUUGUCAAGCAACAUUACAGAUUAGCGCCUGUGACUAGUGAUUACGCACUUUGUCAACGGUCGCACUCAGAACCAUGUCUGAUUCUCGAUGAGCAACCCCCUACCAGAUCUUGCUGGAAUGCUGGAUCCAACCCUGUUCAGAUCCCACCUGAAAAGUAUACAUGAAACAUAUCUGAACAUCUCAAUCGGACCUUAGGCCAGAGGAGACCUUGAGUUUGAUUACUGUUCGGAACAUUUAGAAAGAAUUUUUCCAGAAAAUAAUUCUACUGUAUUUAGACAUCACAAUUUUACGCUGCGUAGGACAAAUAGCUAUACCUCCCGCGCAAUCACGUAAUAUGUGUAUAUUUAGGUUUGAUAUCCCGCGUUGAGUAUAUAUAUACACACGAGUGUAUCCCAGUAGUUCAGUGCAGUUCAAUGCGCUGGGAUCGAUUCAUGUGUGGGACAUUCAGGAAUUACUAUGGUUUCCAGAUUGUCAAGAUACUGUUCAUGGUAUAACUACUGUGUUCCAUUCUUUUAGAUUUACAGUCGUUUAACAAGUGAACAAAUUGGUUGGUUUGUUGAACAACUUCAAAAUCUUGAGAAGUGGCUUGACACUAACAUGACUCAUUUCGCUGGAGUUCGUUCACCUCUUGGGUCUCAUAUACAACGACGUCCUGGUACUCCACUACAGACCAGUCAACUGGGUGGGUCUUUUAAAAAUUUGAAGCAAAUGUUUGCAGUGGAUACCUAUUUCUUAUUAUAACUAUAUAUAUAACCUUAUUAAACAAAAUUCCAAAUAAGAAUGUCUUGUAAACUUAGUGUAGGAUUUGAUAAGAACAAGACAAAAUUAAUGGAUAAUGAGAUUGCCUUACAAUUUAAGAGGAAAAUGUGGGUUUUUUGCGUAUAACACUCGCACUUGGUUAAUAUGCACUAUUUUAAAUUUUUUAAAUUUUUGAUACGUUUGUCAAGUGGCAAACAAACUUAAAAAGUACAGUAUGUUUAGUACUUUAUCUGUAAAAUUAAAGUGAAGAGAUUUUAGAUGUUACGCCAAAUUGAGAAUGAUGUCUGAAGUUCAGUAAGUUUUGCUUAUAUUGCUGUAUAAACAUGGCGUUAAUUUUACAGUAUCGAUGAUAAUUGUAUUUAAAUUGACAAUAUUUAACUAUUAUUUUGUGUUUCUUAACCGCCAGAUGCAUUGAAGAAGGUUGCUAACUGUGCUAAACUACAACUUGGGUGGGAGCUCCCCCCAAAUUUCAGGGGUUUUUUUGGUGGGGGGAUUCCCUCUCCUAUGGUCACAAACCCAGACAUCAUUUCCUACGCUCACUUAUUUCCAAGUGAGGGGAUAGAAAUGAUGUCUGGGUUCACCAACUGCGCCUCUAAGUGAUUACCAUUUUUAUACUCAAGGUUAUAUUCCUUACCACUUACCAGUUUAAUAUUAAUGAUGAUAUUCAUAUUCCAUUUUGGGCGGAAAUGCUCCCCCCAGAAUUUAGCUAUUUUCAGAUUUGGGGGAGGAAUUCGGGAUUUUUUGGGGGGGAAAUCCCCCCGCAAAAUACGCCUGUAUGGGUCUUGUUUCACCAUCCGGGAUCAAAUUUCACAAUCCUGGUUCAAAUUUCACAAUCCGGGAUCAAAGUUUUUAUGGGUCUUGUUUUCACAGUUUCUACGUGAUUUAUCUAGGGGCUACUGCCCUACCUUUGGCAUUUCUGUUGACUGUAACACCUGUCUUUUAACUGCUCCAGGUCCCGGUAAUUCCGAGGCAGACACCGUAAAUUCACUACGACAUUUGAUCAGACGUAGUCGUGAGGUAUUGUCAUUAUGGCAGAUCCUUGAUGAUAAUGAAUUUCAUCUUGUGGUAGAACGGUUGUCACAGGCAAGUAAAACAUUUAAUACUUAUUCACCGAGGGAAACAGUACAGUACAUGUAUGUUUUGUGGACCCGAGACCUUAGUCGAGCGUCUAAAAAACCCAGGGGAGAGUCGAAUUUCUUGAUUUGCAUGUGAUACCUUCUCGUUCAAUGAGACGCAAGCAUACAUGAACUUUGUCACUUGGUGUAUAAUAAAAUGAUUGAAUUUUAGAUAGUAAACUUCAGAUACACUUUUUGAUGGUAAAGACCCUUAAAUAUAAUAUGAGUAAUUGGAAUAAUAUGAGUAAUUGGAAUAAUAUGAGUAAUUGGAACUAUUGGCAUGCAUGCGUCUUUCACACUCCACAUAAAACUGAUCACGUGACAAACUAAUUAUAUGUACAGAUGAACGUAUGGGAUUAGAUCUGAAAACCAAUCCGAACGCUAUGUUUAUUAAGCCAUCAUAUAGUAACGUGAAAUAGGAAUUUAACUGUUAGGUAACUGGAUACUUUUCUUGAAUACAGGAAUCACGUGACCGCCUGAGCUUUCUAAAAUUCCGUGACUUUGUGAUCGCAGGCAAUGUGGUAAGUGUGUUAUGUAUGGUUGUCGUACGACCCGGAAUAUCGCAUUGUUUCUUCGUCUGUCCUAGCGAAAACAUUUCUUGAAACAUUGCUUCUUGUGCAUCUUUCCCAGAAUAUUUCCCAAUUUGUUUGGAAAAAUGUUUGCUUCCUGGGUGAAUCCGAGAAGCUUCCUGAGUUCCUGGGUGAUUCCAGGAAGUUUCCCGAGUUCCUGGGUGAUUCCGGGAAGCUUCCUGAGUUCCUGUGUGAUUCCGGGAAACUUCCUGAGUUCCUGUGUGAUUCCGGAAGCUUCCUGUGUGAUUCCGGGAAGCUUCCUGAGUUCCUGGGUGAUUCCGGGAAGCAAAAUUUGUUUCCGCAACAAUGUGCCCUGGGUUUAAUAAACUGGAAACAUUCGAGAAAACAUCGGAAUUUUUACAUGUUUCUAUAACAGUGUUUUACCUCUGGUUUUACCCAAGGCUUCAAACUUUCUAAUUCCUUGCUUGAAUUGUAGGCGUGCAACCAACUUAUUGCGUCACUAAUGACGUGUUUCCUGGAUGACAAUGCAACAACAGAUACCAUCAGUAAUCAAUUGAGAGAUCUAUGUCCAACCAUUUAUACAACAGACGAUGCUGUUUGUACCAAGGUGAGGCCAGUAAUCACAACAUAUUCUGUCAGAAGAUGACAUUGAAAUAAAGUCCAUAAUUUACAGUCUCAAAAACUUUAAAUUCACAAAUAAUUCACAUCUUAAACAUGCGCGUAGCCUUUUGUUCGGGUUCUGAUUCUUUUGCACUGCAUGUGUGGUUUCCGCAUUGCAAAUUACCAAAUAAAGUUAAAUUAUCUUUUUUCUUCUUCUUCGUUAUUCUUCCAAUUUACUCCAAAUUCUGCUCGAGUGAUGUGGUUUGUUUAGCGAACUUUUAUCGCAGCGAGCAUUCAACAGAAAAGGCUUUAAUCUUGUAUGAAAAGCAAAAGCAAUUUUCUUGCAAUUUAUCGAUUUGAUUCUUCAUAAAGCAAUCCUUGGUGUGAAACAUAAAGCCGACAUAUUAGAAAGAUAUCAUCUCAGCAUCAAAACCACAUUGUAAUUUACCAUUGCAAGAAGGAUGACAUGAACUAUUGUUGAUUUGAAACACAUAUAUACCAUAUUCUUUGAUGGAAUAUUACUACCCAUUACCACUCCGAGUUGUCAACACGACUUAUAACAACAACACUCGUAAUUUUUCCGAAAUGUUAUGUGAGAUUAUGCAAAGGCGUUGGCAAGAUAUUUUCAAGGUUGUGAUUUAUGCACUAUUAUACACAAAGCAAUUAAACCUGUGUUAUUUGUGUUCGGUAAUCGGUACACUAUCUAGAUAUGUAUGAAUAGGUCUUGCACUGUUAAAAUUACUAUUUGUAUUUUUAAAGGCAAAUGAAUUGCUGGAUACAGCAAAAAAAGCAACAGAUAAAUAUGAAAAAGAGAGAACGUUGCAAGAAGCUACAAGGGUAUGUUUUAAAUAAAAUUUAUUCUGUGUAAUUGAUUGACUUCAUCUCUUACCAACGUUAUCCCAUAUAAAGUACAUGCUUGAUUAUUAAUUUAUCCACAGUAGUUUAGUUAAUCCCAGCACUAAGCAUAGUUGGUGUUAAUAGUUGCCGAAUCUUUUUAUCUUAGCUUUACCGUCAAGUAGCGGACCAGAUUGACCUGCCAUACAUAUGUGGGCAGUAUGAAGAAUGUAAGUGUAGUUCUAGAAAAAAAUCAUUUUGUCUAUGACACAUGACUGGUUGGCUAUAUGACACAUGACUAUAAUUGGUCAUAGUUUGGUUAAAAAAUUGGUACUUGUUAAAGGAAAAGGGACCUAAGAAAAAUGUUGAAUAG